CCAGGAAAUGGCAUCUUUUUCAGCUAUUCCAUGGCAAUUUCAGCUGAAAUUUAAUUUACUACUCAAGCACUGUAUUUAGUACUCACUAGUCACUACAUAUCAAUAAUCAAUCAAGCAAUCAUAGAAAGCCCAGAAAAGAAGUAAAGAACCAAUGAUGAGGAAGAAAUCAACACAGCCCAUCACGCUUUUUCUUCUUUUUAUCCUCUUUUUAGUGAUUAUCAUCAACAGUUGUUUGAGCUGCCCCAUCAAAAUCGUUGGAGCCCAUUCCUACGACUCUCGUUUCCCAGCCGGCGAUGCUGAUGAAGAAGAAAAUGAACAAUGUAAAGCGUGGUUGGUUCAAUCAAUUCCCACCGAUAUGCCUCACCUCCCUCGCGUCCCCGGCGUCCUCUCCUCUGCUGAUGUACUUCGAUGGUUGGCUGGCAACUCUUCUGAGACCCUCGACAUAAUUGCACAGUACUGGCAAUUGGUAGCACAGCCCAAUGAUCCACGUUCAGGAGAUUAUGGAUAUUCAAAAGAAGAGAUGCAAAAAUUUGGAGCUAAUGAAGGCUUUGAAGUUUAUAGAGAACUAGAAAAUGCAGCAAACCGCAAUAUAAAGAUCAGACUUUUGCAGCACUCUGGAGUUUAUCCUGAUUACACCGACGAACCAUCCAAUCUUGCAUCAGGAAGGCCGAAUGUGAAAAGCGUCACAUUGUUGCUUCGUGAUUGGUGGGGAUCAGGCGUAGUCCAUACAAAGGUUUGGAUAUCUGAUGGUCAAGAUGUAUAUAUCGGAUCUGCAAACAAUGACUGGAAAUCUCUCACUCAGGUGAAGGAACUUGGAAUAUAUCUUGUUGGUUGUCCAGCAAUAGCAAGAAAAGUUAGUACCUACUUUGCCAACCUAUGGAAGCUUGCCCAUCUUAAUGUUUCAUCAUAUACAAAAGUAGCGUGGGACAAGCAAUGGCAAGUUAGAAGAAAGUUUCCUUGUUGGUCACAUUUUCUUCAUCCAAAAGUAAGAUGCAGAACACCUCUUUAUGAUAUUGUGGAGAUUCCCCAUGUAAUUGGUUAUCCUAUGCUGUCAGACCCUUCUAUGUUCCAUAUACCAAUUGAAACACCUGGAUGCAAUGGUUCGACAUUGCAGACUGAAUCCAGUUAUCUAUCCUUUGCGCCUCCAGAGCUAUCAUUUGGCAGGUACCAGACAGAUGAACAGGCUUGGGUGGAUACUAUUAAAUCAGUACGAAAGGGGUCAACCAUUAGAAUUAGUACCAUGGACUGGCUUGGUCAAUCACAGUACACGACAAACAAAGUUUACUGGGCAUCGCUUUCUUCAGCUAUAUCUGAGGUAGUCUUUUCCAAGCAUGCAAAGGUGAAGAUACUGGUGGCAUACUGGGCUCAUUUUAUCAAUAACACAGAUCAAUACUUGAAGUCUCUCCUGUAUUCCAACAAUCUAUGCUCUUCUUCCAAGUACAACAAAUGUUCCGGCAAAAUCGAGAUCAAAUACUACAUUGUACCAGGAUACAAUUUAACUGGACCAGCCAUGACUAAGGGUACCGCCACAGGAAAUCUAUAUCCAGGAUAUACAAGAGUCAACCACGGAAAAUAUGCAGUUACUGAUGUACGAGCCCAUAUUAGCACUAGUAAUCUGGUAUGGGACUACUUUUAUACCACAGCCGGUAUCAGCUUUGGAACAUACAAUGGUGCCAUUGUUUCACAGCUUCAAGAAAUUUUUGAAGCUGAUUGGAAUUCACCUUAUGUGAUACCUGUAGAAUCAAUGGAAGGAGGACAUUCAUGUCAAAGUUGAAAUAUGUUUCGUGUA